AUGGCUUCGAGCAGCGCGGAGGGCCAACUCCAGAGAAUCAUCCACGAUCUCCAAGAUGCUGUGACAGAACUAAGCAAAGAGUUUAAGGAAACAGGGGAGCCCAUCACAGAUGACAGCACAAACCUGCACAAGUUUUCUUACAAGCUCGAAUAUCUCCUUCAGUUUGAUCAGAAGGAGAAGACUACCCUCCUGGGCCACAAGAAGGAUUACUGGGAUUACUUCUGUGAUUGCCUGGGAAAAGUGAAAGGAGUCAGCGACGGCAUCCGAUUUGUCAAGUCCAUUUCUGAGAUCCGAACAUCUCUGGGCAGAGGAAGAGCAUUUCUUCGCUACUCCUUGGUGCACCAGAGGCUGGCAGACACCUUACAGCAGUGCUUCAUGAAUACCAAAAUCACCAGUGACUGGUACUAUGCAAGAAGUCCGUUUCUGAAGCCAAAGCUGAACUCGGAGAUUGUGGGCCUGCUCUAUGAGCUGACCGAGGUGCAGUUUGACCUGGUGUCGAGGGGCUAUGACUUGGAUUCUGCAUGGCCGACGUUUGCCAGGAGGACCGUGGCUCCUGGCACCUCUGCUUCCCUGUGGAGAGCCCCCAGUCGAAGCUCCAGUAUGAACAGCUUGGUGAGCAACUACCUGCAGACUCAGGAGAUGGCCUCCACCACAGAUCUGAACAGCUCCGUAAGCAGCGAAAACCUGGAGGGGAUAGAGGAGAUGCGGCUAGAACUGGACCAGUUGGAGUUGCUGGAGAGGCAGCUGCAGGCGCGGAUCAAGCAGCUCAACAAGGAGAACCAUGACCUCAAGGUCACCAUCUGCUCUCAGGGAGAGCAGCUGCAGAUGGAGAGGGAGCGGAGGUGCGCCACCGCCGAGGAGAACGCCCGCCUCAAGGGCCUGGUGACUGAGCUCCAGAAGCAGUGCGAGGCCACCCAAGCCGCGGAGAGCACCAUGCAGAAGCUUCUCAAGUGCCUGCAGGCCCUGGAGCUGGGCGCAGCAGAGAAGGAGGAUUACCAGUCCGCCGUGCAGCGGCUCGAGUCCGUGCUGCAGCCGCUCAAACAGGAGCUCAAAGCCACACGGGACUCCCUGGCUGAGAAGACCCAACAGCUGGCCAGCGUCUCGGACUGGCUCACCAGAGCCGUGCCCAAGUCCGACGCCACCAAGGGCGUGAUGGAACAGGAGGCGUCCCUGCCCCCUGACUCAGCCACGGUGAUCAAGGAGCUGGGGGAGAAGCUUCAAGCCCUGGAGGCGGAGAGCACCAAGGUCCAGGAGCUCAAUAGGAUGCAGACUGCCCAGCUGGAGCAACUGACCAAAUUGCUGCAGCUCAAAGAGGAAGCCCAGGCUGGCCUUGAACUCUUGGCGAAGGAGAGCGUCCCACUCCGCGAAGAGCUGGUGAGGAAGGGGGAGACAAUCGCCCAGCUCCGGCGCCAUCUGCAGGAAGCGCUGGCUCACCUGAGCACCUUGGAGGAAGACCUGGCCACGUCGAGGGCUGAGGAACGCAAGGGGCGCGAGGAGAGGCAGCUGCUGGAGCAGGAGGUCCAGUCCCUGACAAAGCAGCUGCAGCUCCUGGAGACCCAGAUGGCCCACGCGAACCAGCACAUGAGCGACCUGGAGCAGGAGAGGAGGGAGCUCAUCCGAGACAAAGACCACCUCUUCCAGAAGGUGGUGACACUGGAGCGGCUGGCUAUGCAGCUGAGCCCAGAGCUGCCUGUCGCAGGUGAUGGAGGUGCGACUCGGGCUUCCCAGCCACAGACCUGUGAGAAGUUGAAGGAGCACAAGGACCCACAGAAGGGCCAGCCCGGUGAUGCCCAGGGAGACCAGGAGGGGCAGCUCCAGCAGGCCAACAAGGCGCUCGAGAAGGAGCUCCAGAGAGUCGUUGAGCGCAACCAGCUCCUGGAGGGCAAGCUGCAGGCCCUGCAGGCCGACUAUGAGGCACUGCAGCAGCGGGAGGCGGCCAUCCAGGGCUCUCUGACCUCCCUGGAGUCCGAGCAGGCCAGCAUCCGGCUCAUGGGUGACCAGAUGGAGGCGAGCCUCCUGGCCAUGAAGAAGGCCAAGGAAGUCAUGAAGGCCAAAGUGGCUGAGAAGGAUGCCGCCCUGCAAAGCAAGGAGGAUGAGUGCCAGCAGCUGCGCCAAGAGGCCGAGCAGUGCCGGCAGCUGGCAGAGGCCCGGGACCGGGAGCUCCAGGAUCUUAAGAGCCAGUGCCACCAGCAGACCCAGCCAGUCCAGGACCUGACCGCAGAGAAAGACCAACAGGGGCUUAGCCCACGCCAAGAAGAUGCGCCCCACGAGCUGGCAUCUCAGCUGGCUCUGUCUCAGAUGCAGCUGGAGGUUCAUCAGGGCGAGGCCCAGCGGAUGAAGGCUGAGGUGGUGGACCUCCAAGCCAAGCUCAGGAUAGCCCUGGAUGAGCAAGCAAAGGCGCAGAGCCAGCUGAGCGUGGCCGAGGUGCUCCUGGGGGAGCACAAGGCUCUCGUGCAGCAGCUGAAAGAACAGAACGAAGCCCUCAAUCGGGCUCACGUCCAGGAGCUGCUGCAGUGCUCAGAGCGCGAGGGAGUGCUGCAAGAGCAGAGGGCCAGCGAGGCCCAGCAGAAGGGAGAGGUGCUCCGGGCCCUGCAGGAGGAGCUGACCCAGGCCAAACAGGGCUCCGAGGAUGCCCGGCGGGAGCAUGCUGAGCUGCAGGAACAGCUGCACCGGGCCCACACAGACACCGCCGAGCUCGGCAUCCAGGUCUGCGCCCUGACCGCGGAGAAGCAGCAGGUGGAGGAGGCCCUGGCCCUUGCCACCCAGGAGCUCCAGGACACCAGAGAGAGGAUCUUUCGGGAGCGAGAGGACCUGGAGCGCCAGGUGGCCGGGCUGCAGCACGAGAAGAAGAGCCUGCAGGAGAAGCUGAAGGCAGCCGAAGAGGCAGCCAGCUCACUGAGUGGCCUGCAGGCGCAGCUGGCUCAGGCCAAGCAGCAGGCCCAGGGCCUCGAGGAGGUGGCCCACCAGGAGCUCGACACCCUCAAGUUCCAGCUGAGCGCUGAGAUCAUGGACUAUCAGAACAAGCUCAAGGCUGCUGGAGAAGAGUGUAAAAGCCUCAGCAGCCAGCUGGCGGAGCAAGGCCAGAAGCUGCAGGCUGCCGAGGAGGCCGUGGAGAAGAUGACGGCCGCCCAGAAAGAUACGGGAGAGAAGCUGAGACGCACCAGCGACCAUCUUUCAAUGUGCCAGAAAGUCAUUCUGAAGAAGGAGAAGGAAGAGAUUGCCCUGCGGGCAAGCCUGAAAAGGACUCAGGAGGAUCUUGCCAAAGCCUCAGCCGAGUUCCAGGAGCGUUACAACAGACUCUGUGAGGAGGCCACGAGCCGGGAGAAGAAUGACCAGAAGAUGCUCGCCGACCUGGACGACCUGAACAACACCAAGAAGUACCUGGAGGAGCGGCUGAUCGAGCUGCUCAGGGACAAGGAUGCUCUCUGGCAGAAGUCAGAUGCCCUGGAAUUCCAGCAGAAGCUCAGUGCCGAGGAGAAGUGUGUCGGGGACGCAGAGACCAGCCACUGCCUGGACUGCAAGCGGGAGUUUGGCUGGAUGGUGCGGCGACACCACUGCAGGAUGUGCGGCCGUGUCUUCUGUUACUACUGCUGCAACAACUACAUCCUGACCAAGCCCAGCGGCAAGAAGGAGCGCUGCUGCCGGGCCUGCUUCACGAGGCUCAGCGGGAGCCCGGGCUCUCCAGACAGCACUGGCUCAGGCAACAGCCAGGGGGAGUCCAGCCCUACACAGCCUGGGCCCCAGGCCACCAGAGACCAAGGGCCACAUGCAGACUACAGGUCACCAGACGACGCUGUAUUUGACAUCAUCACUGACGAGGAAUUAUGCCAGAUUCAGGAGUCCACCUCCUCCUUCCCUGAAACACCCACUGAAACGGAUUCUCUUGACCCAAACAUGGCUGAACAGGAUAACACAUCGAGCUCGCUCACCCCGGAGGACGCUGAGGACAUGCCUGUGGGUCAGGACACGGAAAUCUGCCUGCUGAAGUCUGGAGAGCUGAUGAUAAAGCUGCCACUCACCGUGGAAGAGAUCAUCGGUUUUGGAGAGGGCAGCAGGGAGCUGUUUGUGAGGUCCAGUACCUACAGCCUGAUCCCCAUCACGGUGGCCGAGGUCGGCCUCACCAUCAGCUGGGUCUUCUCCUCAGACCCCAAGAGCAUCUCCUUCAGCGUGGUCUUCCAGGAGGCAGAGGACACACCCCUGGAUCAGUGUAAGGUCCUCAUUCCCAUGACCCGCUGUAAUUCCCACAAGGAGAACAUCCAGGGCCAGCUCAAGGUCCGCACACCCGGCAUCUACAUGCUCAUCUUCGACAACACCUUCUCAAGGUUCGUCUCCAAGAAAGUAUUUUAUCACCUGACGGUUGACCGACCUGUCGUCUAUGAUGGAAGCGAUUUCCCGUAG